AUGUGGGAUAAAAAAAAUGCCAAAAAGUCAACAACUCUUAGAUGGGUUGAUGUUGGAGAUGUUGCCUAUGCGCUUAUUAUUGCCUUUGAAAUCCCUUCUGCAAGUGGAAGAUAUUGUCUGGUUGAGAGAUCAGCACAUGCCCCUCAGGUCAUCAAGAUUUUGCGUGGACAUUACCCUACUUAUAAAUUUCUGGAUAAAUUGUCAGACAAUACCAACCUUUUUUAUCCAGCCCACACAAUAUCCAACGAGAAGGCAAAGAAUUUAGGAGUUCAAUUUAUUCCUUUGGAGGCAAUUCAAAGUGGAUUUGAGAAUGUAUGA